AUGUCCGUUGAUUCUGGUAGCAAGGAAAAUAAGCAUUUCUCCGAUGUAAAUCCUAUUGUUAGUGAAAGUUUGGAUACUGCCCUAGGUCAAUUGCACUUGGAAGAACUAGACCAGAAUUUAAAAGCGAAUCCUACUGCUAAUUCUAAUCAGAGCCAAUCUACUCCAAAGAAUGGUCCUCAGGUUACAAAUCAGAACUCUACGGAUGCUACUGCUGGAAACGGCGGUGGUGCCGUUAGCGGUAGUGGCCCAAAUGGCGAAAAUAGCGGGGCCGAUCCAAAUAUGGUACCACCUUCCCACAUGUUUCCACCACAUCCUCAAAUGAUUGGUAUGGGAUUCAUUCCAUUUUCUCAAAUGAUGCCUAUUCCUCAUCAUACGGGAUUUUUCCCACCUUCAGAUUUUAAAGAUGGUCCACAAGCUCCACCACCACAUCCACCUCCAAUGGGUGUUGCAACUCCACCGGCACCAGCAGUAGCUGCUGCAGCGGUUGCGGCUGCAAGUCCAGGUGCUACUCCUAUGGCGGCUACACCGCCAACUGCAACACCUGUUCAUCCAGCCACUGGGCCUAUUCUUUUCAAUAACACUAACGAUGCUUCAGUUUUUGCAGCGCCUGCUGCUUUGACUCCUGGUUUUACUACAGGGGCUCAUGUUAAUGCACCAGCACCAAUCGAUCCACUCUGGAGUGGUCCACCUAUGGGGACUGGAUCUGCAGCUGCAGAUCCAGUGUCUUCAUCCACAGUGGAAGAUUCUUCUGCUUUAGAAGAUGGGUUGCCUCAAAAGGCUGGCAGUGUUGCUGGUUUAUCCUUUAGAAGGCAAACUUUCCAUGCAUUGUCUCCAAACGAUAUGGUAGGAGGUACCGGUAAUGAUACAGGUCUAUCAGCCGCUGAUUCAGUAAUGGACAGCGGGGCUCAAAAAACUGCUAAUGUUGCGGCUCCAGCAGCUGCAAGAAGACAAUCUGUUCAUAUGGAUAAAAUGUUUGGUUCAAAAGCUGAUGAUAAUGUAGCUAUUGUUGAGGAUACUUCCAACGAAAGCGAAGGCGAUCAAGGUUCAAAAACUUUUGCAGCCGCUUAUCCCUACGGUGGACCUCUUUUACAGCCAAACCCUAUCCUGUCUGGUCAUCAUCCACCUGGUUCUGCUCAUGCGUUUGGGAUUCCAUCACCUUUCCCGGCUGGAUAUGGUUUUACAUCACCUUUCCAAUCUUUUUCACCGGUUUUAGGCGCUGCUAACACACCAAUGCAAGCACAUUCUUCUAUUGCUAUGGCGCAUUCUCCGUUACAAGGUGCACCAAUGCCAGCUGAUCCCACUGUGAAUCCCUUAAUGGCUGCAAGUACCGCUGAUCCUGGUAGCAAGUCUAUGGAACAAUUUACUGUUCCUAGAGAUUCUGCUUCCAUGCAACCACCUCAAACUUUACCCAUGGGUCUACAUCAACAAGGAGGUACCCCACCGCCUUGGAUGUAUGGUGGUCAUCCAUUUGGUAUGGUUCCUCAUCCUCAUAGUGUUCCUCAGAAGCCUCCUCAUGUCGUCGGUCUCAAUCCUGGCAUGGCUACUAACAAUAAUGCAAAUCACCAAGGUCGUCGCCAUGCUAAUAACAGAGGUGGUAGAUCCGCUCAUAUGGGCAAUGGCAAGAACAGACAUAAUAGAAAUUAUUACUAUGGUAACUCAAACUACCAUGAAAAUCAUCAACGUAAAUUGGAAGAAAAUUCCCGUUACGCAAAUGCCACUUUGGAUCAGUUCAUAGGGAACAUUUAUUCCCUAUGCAAGGAUCAACAUGGAUGUCGUUUCCUUCAAAUGCAGCUCGACGUUUUGGGACCUGAAGCUGCAGACGCUAUCUAUGAUGAGACAAGAGAUUAUACCGUUGAGUUAAUGACCGAUUCCUUUGGUAAUUAUUUAAUUCAAAAAUUAUUAGAAAAGGUCACUGUAGACCAAAGAAUCUUUUUGGCCAGAAUAGCUGCACCCCACUUUGUGCGUAUCGCUUCCAAUCCCCAUGGUACAAGAGCUCUUCAGAAAUUAGUAGAAUGUGUCAGUACCGAAGAAGAAGCUCAAAUUGUGAUAAACUCUUUGAAAGGAUCCAUCGUGGAAUUGAGUAAAGAUUUGAAUGGUAACCACAUUGUCCAGAAAUGCUUGCAAAAACUACAACCAAAAGAUGUUCAAUUUAUCUUUGAUGCCGCAUGCCAGCAUUGUACUGAAAUUGCCACUCACAGACAUGGUUGCUGUGUCUUGCAACGUUGCUUGGACCAUGGUUCUAAAGCUCAAUGUCAGGCUCUAUGCAACAUCUUGUUGAAGCAUGUGGAUCAUCUAACUUUAGACCCAUUCGGUAAUUAUGUUGUUCAAUACAUUAUUACCAAGGAGGUUGAACAAGACUCGUAUGACUACACUUACAAGGUUGUUCAUUUAUUAAAACCAAAGGUUGUUGAACUUUCUUUACACAAAUUUGGCUCCAAUGUAAUUGAAAAGAUCAUAAGAACACGCGUGGUCUCAGAAACCAUGAUUAUGGAAAUUUUAAACAAUAGAGGUGAUACCGACGUCCCAGCUCUUUUGAACGACGGUUAUGGUAACUACGUUCUACAAACCGCCCUCGAUGUGUCACAUGAAAAUAACGAGUACCUCUAUAAGAGGCUCUCCGACAUUGUGAGGCCCAUGAUGAUCGGUUCUAUAAAAAAUACUCCACAUGGUAGAAGAAUUAUGGGAAUACUGCAGAUGGAGUAA